AUGUCAGAUUUAGAGGAACAAGAGGUUGAUGAACCUAGUAGAAAGAAAGGACUUUUGGUGUGGUCAAACGUGGAGUACGUAAACAUGAUCGAAUUUAUUCAUCUGGAAAUUAUAUGCAAUGCUAAGACAACUCAUCCUAAAUACAUGGCCGUUCUCACCUUAUCAUCAUUAAUUACUUAUGCUUCAGGAGGCUUUGGAAAAGAACAUGUACACAUUAGAGUUCAUUUACCAAGCCAGGAAGAGCAUCACCAUAAGGAAGUAAUCAAAAUUCAUGAUGACAGCGGAGGCGGCGGACAUGGACACGGAGGAGGUGGUGGAUACGGAGGCGGCGGAGGAUUUGGAGGCGGUGGUGGACAUGGCGGAGGUUUUGGAGGAGGUGGCGGAUUUGGAGGAGGUGGCGGAUAUGGAGGCGGUCACGAUGACCACGAUAUAGGUGGCCAUGGAGGUGGAUUUGGCGGAGGAGGUGGAUUCGGCGGUGGAGGAGGAUAUGGCGGAGGUGGUGGACAUGGGGGUGGAGUUUCUCAUACCAUCGUAUUAAAUGAUCAUGGCGGACACGGAGGAGGUGGAGGAGGAGGUGGCCACGGCGGUGGUGGUUACGGAGGCGGUGGUGGAUAUGGAGGCGGUGGUCACGGAGGUGGUUUUGGAGGAGGACAUGGAGGUGGUUUCGGAGGAGGUCAUGGAGGUGGCCACGGAGGUGGUGGUUAUGGAGGUGGCCACGGAGGUGGAGGUAGUCACGGAGGAGGAGGAGGAGGAGGAGGAGGUGGUUACGGAGGCGGCCAUGGAGGUGGUCAUGGAGGAGGACAAAUUUUAACUCUGCAUGGAGGUGAUCCACUACCAAGUGGGGGAGGACACGGAGGAGGCGGAGGUGGAUACGGUGGUGGAGGUGGUCACGGAGGCGGAGGAGGUUUCGGAGGCGGAUUUGGAGGUGGAUUCGGAGGAGGCCAUGGCGACGAACAUGGCGGCGGAGGAGGAGGAGGUUUUGGUGGAGGAUUUGGAGGAGGCUUUGGAGGAGGUCAUGAUGAUGGGCAUGGCGGCGGAGGUGGAGGAGGAUAUGAUUUAACAGGAGGAGGAUUUGGAGAUGACCAUUCUCACGGAGGAAACGAUUUCGGAAGUAGUGGUCAUGGCGGAGAUGGAGGCGGCGGAUACGGAGGGGGCGGCGGAUAUGGAGGAGGCGGUGGACACGGAGAUGACGGUGGACAUGGAGGAGGCGGUGGUUUUGGAGGAGGCGGUGGUUUUGGAGGAGGCGGUGGAUAUGGAGGAGGCGGUGGUCACGGCGGAGGCGGCGGAGGCGGUGGCCACGGAGGCGGUGGUGGACACGGAGGAGGAUACGGAGGUGGUGGGGGAUUUGGAGGAGGCGGUGGACAUGGUUCAAGUGGUUUCGUAGGAAUUAUACAUGAUCAUCUUUCUCACGGAGGUGGAGGAGGUGGAGGAGGAGGCGGCGGCGGCGGCUAUGGAGGUGGUGGAGGAGGCGGUCAUGGAGGUGACCACGGAGGAGGCCAUGGGGGUGGAGGCGGAGGAGGUUUCGCAGGGUAUCCAUAG